AUGAAUGAUGCUAAGGAAGGUGUGAAAAUAGAAUUAUUCCGUCUGUCUCCACCCCCUUUAAGCCUGAAUAUUUGGAACCUUUUUAAGAUAAAAGAAAUAGGAAACAUAAAUUGUGAAAAGAUUGAAAAUAAUGAUGACUUGAACUUAUCAAACGAAUUUAGCCUAAGUAUGCCAUUAAAUUCUCGGAAAAUAUAUGUUGGCCAACAUUUGAAAUCGCAAAUUACUAUUUCAAAUAAUUUGAAAAAUGAUAUUCAAAUAAGCACAAUAUAUUUGGAUGUUAUAACAAGCCAAAAUACGUUUAACAUUUAUAGAAAUGUGGAACAUAUCAUUGUCUCGUCUAAUUCCUUUUUUAAUUUUAUAACUUCUUUUCUAGUGCAUUUUGUUGACAUCUUUACAAUUAACUGCGCUGUGGAAUAUGUGCAAGGAAAUGAAAAGAAAAAAAUGAAAAAGGACUUCAAUUUUAUAUGUAAAAAUCCGUUCCAAUUGAAGACAUUUAUAUUACAUAAGGAUGACAAAAUAUACAUAGAGACAAUCGUAAAAAAUACAGAAGAAGAUAAUGUGAUGUUAAAUGAUGUCCAUUUUAAAGAUAUAAAAUGUAAAUUAAUAAAAAGUGACGAAAAGUUUAAAACGCAUAAUGGAUUAUACUAUUUGAAGCAAAAUGAUGAAUAUUCCAUGAUUUUUUGUGUAAAUGAUGAAGAAAGUAAAUUACACAUUUUGAAAACCAUUAGUGAUGAAAAUAUAACUAAUAUAGAAAUGACUUUUUUCACAAAUAAUGGUGGUAAAGGGAUAAAUAAUUUAUACUUUUUAAAAAAAAAUAUAAUUACUGAUAAUAUUCGAAUAUACCUGCAGAAAAAUGAGCAUACUUUUUAUGUAGUAAAUAAAAUGUAUAAAUUCGAAAUUGUGUUUGAGAAUAACACAGAUAAAAGUUUAUUGAUAGAAAUAUUUAUUCACAAUAAUUCAGACAUUCAUGUAGUUAAUAAUUUUGUAAAAUCCCACACAAUUGAGGAGAAAAAAAAAGUAUCCCAUUUUUUUUACGUUUUAUUUGUUAACCCUGGAAUUCACUUCUUUAAUAAAAUUACAAUAUAUAACACAAAAACUAAAAAAAGAAUGGAUUACAUAAACCUGUUUAGGCUCUUCGUUAAGUAG